GUUUCCACCCCUGAGGGCCUUACCAGCUCUCAUAACGCAAACCAAUGGCAGGUAACACAUCCAACCACACCCCCUUACAGACACGCACAGUCACAGUUAAGUGUAGAGCGCCCCUGUUGCCAGAGAGGACUGUGGGUAGGUGUUUAUAGUUUAUCAACAAGGUUUCUUAAGUGUUUCUUGACACUUAACAUUGGCAUUGAAGAGGAACGGAUCAUAAUGAAGCGUAACAUCCUUUUCAUGCUCUUCCUGCCUCUUGCCAUGGUGUCAGGACUGGGUCUAAAUUACAGCCACAUAAUGACCAGAGAAAAGAGGGAACUGCUGUAUCGAUCUAAGAGGAGAUGGGUCCUGUCGACUAUUGAAAUAGAAGAGGAAAGCCCUGGACCAUAUCCAAGGGAGGCGACAAAGCUGUUCAAUGAUAAAAAGGUCGGCGAAGAACACUAUUUCAAGAUUUCUGGGACGGGUGUCAAUGAGGAACCUAAGGGUGUGUUCACCAUCGACCGAAAGUCAGGAGUUGUCAGCGUGCACAAAGCCAUCGACAGAGAGACACAUAAAUUCUUUCAUAUACGUUUUGAUGUUAUGGAUGAAAAAACGAAUGUAGCAGUAGACAAAACUCUGGCAUUUGAUGUAGCAAUAAAGGACAAAAAUGACAACGCUCCAAAAUUUGAGCCCGCCAACAUCAGAAUCUCUGUGAGGGAGAACACGCCACCAGGUGGUCUGCCAGCUAACCUGCAAGCUUUUGACAAUGAUGAGGAGGACAAUGAUAACUCACGUAUUACAAUGAAAAUAGUGUCCCAUGAACCCAAUUCUCCCAAGUUCUCCUUAGAAGAAGUGUUUGCCACCAAGAUGCAACAGCUGACCUUCACUGGAUGCUUUGACUAUGAUAAACAUAAAACACACAAAGUAAUUGUUGAAGCGAGGGAUCAUGGUGUACCAGCACUGUCUACAACGACAACUAUCACCCUUGACAUCACGGAUGCUAAUAAUCAUCUGCCCGUUUUCUCUCAAACAACUUAUUCUGUCUCAGUGCUAGAAAUGGAAACAAAGGAAAUCCUGAGAAUGAAGGUGACGGAUGCGGAUGAGCCCAACACACCAGCCUCUCGACCUGUUUUUAAGAUCCUGAGGGGAAAUGAGGAAGGGAACUACAUGAUUGAAACAGACCCUGUAACUCAGGAAGGGGUUCUAAGAGUCGUUAAGGGGAAGGAUUUUGAGAGGACGGCACUGGUCAAACUGGAGGUGACUGUGGAAAAUGAGGAGCCUCUCUUUGUAUGUAAAGAUGGGGUUCCUGGUGAUCCACAGAAUAUCGUACCCUUACAGACUGUAACUGUGGAUGUCCAAGUUGUGGACGUCAAUGACCCUCCGAUGUUUGAAAAAACAGUUCAACGUGCAUUUGAGAAGGAAGAGGUUCCCCCAGGGAAGGUGCUCUACAAACCAAAGGUGUUAGACGUGGAUUCUGAUAAUGACAAAAUCAGGUAUGAACUGAUAGAUGAUCAUGCAGAGUGGUUGACCAUUGAUGAGAAGACAGGGGCGAUCACCUCAGUGAAAGUGAUGGAUCGAGAGUCGUCACAUGUCGAUAACAGUAUCUACACAGUUAAAGUCUUGGCCAUAGAUGAUGGAACCCCCCCCGCUACUGGUACGGCCACUGUGCAUAUUGUUUUGGGAGACGUCAAUGAUAAUUUGCCAUACUUGAUUUCCAAAAGCACAAUACUGUGCGGUCGGAGGAACCAGGUGCCUGUGAUGGCCGCAGACGAGGAUGAUUCUCCAUACGGGGGACCCUUCACUUUUUCUUUUGGGGGUGAUAAUGUGGAAGAACUGAAGAAGAAGUGGAGGCUGCAGCCAACCACAGGUGUAAACAUCAGCCUCUUCAGCCUGACGGCCUUGGCUUAUGGCAACUACUCUGUUCCCCUGCUGAUCCAGGACCAGCAGGGCAAAGUGGUAGAGACUGAGUUCCAGGUGAUUGUUUGUGAUUGCGGGGGUGGGAAUGAGUGCCGCGGCCGUUUCCCCGUCUUCACCAAGCUGGAUGGACCUGCCAUUGGGGCCAUGUUAGCAGGACUGCUGCUGCUGAUGUUGCUGCUGUUACUGUGCUUCAUGUGCGAAUGCGAGGGCCGGAGCUUCAAACACAUGCCUGUGAACCUGUUGGACGAGGGGCAUCAAACUCUCAUCAAGUACAACGAGGAAGGAGGCGGCACAGCCUCAAAGGCUGAGCCAACUCUGACCCGCAGCCCCACCACCUAUGUCACCACAGUCACUGAUGGGUUGAAGCAAGCAGCCAUAUCACUUCCUCAGGUUUCCUCCAACAGCUUCCAGGAUGAAUCCACUAAAACGAUGAGGAGUCAGACACAAGCCGUGCAGUACAAUACUCAAUACUCCUCCAGUGGAUUUCAGCAGGCCUCCCUCGCCAACAACACUCUAAGGAGCACUGGGCAGAGCGUGCAGCAAACGUGGAACAGGUCCAGCACAAUGAGAAACGGACGGAACGGAUUCUCCAGAUCCAUUAGCUUGACUUCUGAUCGCUACAUUGCAGACCACAUUGACAGAAGAGUCUACGAGAUUGCUGAGGAGGAGUUGGAUUACCCAGGAUACUCUCUGAAUGAGUUUGCGUACGAGGGGAAUGGAAGUAGGUGCCAGUCACUGGACGAACUCUCGUUUGACAACGCAGAGGAAAGCAUGGAUUUCCUCCGAGACCUGGGGCCGAACUUUAAAGCCCUUGGCGGGAUAUGCGAUAAGCACAUGCAGGAGAAAAACAUGGAGCUCUAAAAAAGAUGGAAAAAUGGAGUGCUCCUUCUCCAUGUGGCCAGGGGACAUUCUGGGAGCACAGAAAAGGAAUGGAAAGCCAGAAAUCUACCAUAAAUUUGGUCUUCUUUUUUGUAAUGCUGUACAUUUUAACAUCUGAUUCGGACCAUAAUGAAGUGGAAAGUAGACUUUGGAUUUACUGCCACUGGAAUUUUCAAGCCCUUGAUUGACAAGAAGAAUCUCAAACAACAACAUGUUUUUGGAUUUAAUACAUGCAUUUGUAUGUGAAGAUAUUGUUUUAAAAAAAUUGCCACGAUACCGAAGGUGCACUGUUCAAACAAGUCCACUGGACUGUAUCCACACACCUUGUUCUUCAUCAAAAACACCAGAGGAACCUUGCCAAAUAAGAAGACCUUGCCAAUUAUCUACACCCAAACUGCUCUGCCAGACACGCCUCUCUGUAGAAUGACAUGUCUGAACAAACAAAUGUUCUUCCACCCUUCUAAAAGUGGUUCCUCAUAUCAAAGGUAAUAGCCCUACGCAUGUGCUCUGUGGCUGGUUGGUAUCCUUUGCUCGUUUGGUUAAGAGGUGUAAAAGAUCAUGUUGACAGUCAAAAGAAAAAGAGGCAAAAGAAAAAACUUCUGAACCUACACCUUUGAUGGACAUUAAUGAACAGAAAAGAUACUUUUUAUAAUUUGUAAUGCUUGUAUCUUUGUUUUCUGCCUAAAGAAAGGCACAAGCCGCAUGCAAUGCAGAACAAUAAUUGAAUAAGAUAGAGUUUGACUGUUUUUUUUUUGUAUGCAUUACAUUUUUAAUUCAGAGCUAUAUAACAUUUUUUACUUUAUAGUGUAAAUGACAUGAAAGGUGUGACAGCGUUGUUUGCAUGGUUUUAACUUGAACAAGGGCAUAGUCAAAUAUGGCUGCUUAACUACUACUGUACUCGUCUGUAAUUGUGAUUCUGCUUUAAGGUUGUCCUAAAAUGGUUAAUUCUUGCUAAUUCAAAACAAUAC